AGACUUGAAGAAGAUAGAACAGAAAACGACAACCCAAUUGAACUACUCAAUAACCCAAAAGGCCAAGGGCCAAUCAAAACAAAACUCAGAGAAUAGUAUAAUCCAAUUAAUCUCAUCCAGCUAUUCUACAAUUGAUUCAAUAAUCUCUGUCAUCAUAAAAUAUUUUGUCUUUCUGAAUUUCAAUUAUUUCAAAAAUUCCCCCAAAAAUAUAAUUAUCUAUACUAAAACAAGCUCCAUUAAUUUUUUUUUUCCUUUUUUCCUGGGUUUCUUAAACCCUUUAUUCAUUCAAUUACACAGAUUGGUUUCUGGGUUUGUUUCAAUGACUGUUUAUGACUCGUUUACUUCUUGGAUCAACAGCUUCCUUGCUUGCAUAGGUAGCUGUUUGGGAGGCUGUGCAAAACCAACUCACACUCCAGUAGAUGAUUAUCCGACAAAAGGACUACAAUGCCAGGGACAGGUGGUGGAGAAACAAAAUCUUUCGGAUGACUUUUGGGGUACCAGCACAGGUGAUUUGGAAAACCCGAUGGGUCUAUCACAACGAAGCAUGUCUUCACUUAGUACAUCAAAUGUCAGUUUUCUUUCUGAUAUCGGAUCAGCAAGCAUGCAUUGCCACACUGAUUUCGUAAAUCCUGGUCUUCUUCUCUGGACUCAAAUCCGUCUUCAGUGGAUUGGAGCUACAAAAUCAAAUGAAGAUCAUCAAACCAUAGGACCGGCAAUCAGUCUAAAUGCUACGUAUGACAGCUUGCUUAGCUCCAGGGAGCGAUUCAGGCGGCCCAUCCCUUUAUCGGAAAUGGUAGAUUUUCUAGUUGAUGUAUGGGAGCAGGAAGGAUUGUAUGACUGAAAGAUAUGAAGUGUAGAUAACAAAUUUCAGUUUCUCGAUACUUCAAAAUGCGGAUUCUUAGGAGAAUUUGUAAGCAAAGAAGCCUUAUAACCAAUGUAUAGAUGUUGAUUAACAUAGCUAAUUUAUAUACACAUGUAUGCUUUGUUUUUCCUACUGUAGUUCACAACGUUCGUUUCCAGUUUUGUUGCUAAAUUGCGUUGUAUUAUGGACUGGUAUAUCUCAAAUAUGCUCUUAAAUACAAACAAAGAUUAAUUAUGCAUACUGAGAUGUUACUCAGAA